GAGCAGUUGCUUGAAUGUCAUGUGGACCGAGCGGGCGCGUUCGGCUGCAAGAGAGCGAGGAGCUCACGUGCUCGCAGCCGAGGCGUGAUUUAAGCGCAGGUCGCAGCGCUUUCGGCACACUGUUGCUUAGCGAGCCAGCCAUGACGCUUCGAAGCAACGGCGCACCCAAUCAGGGCUCCUAUUAUUGCCUGAUGCGACGCAGGUUCAAGAGGAGGCGCAAGAAACGCUCGGAACGCAAAGGUGCCGCGGCGCUGAGGCAGCUCUCAGGUCAGGACAAACCCGUCACCAUGGAUAUGGAUGAGGAGGAGAAUAUGAGUUCGAGCAGCACUGACGUUAAGGAAAACCGAAACCUGGACAACGUGUCCUGCAAAGAAGGGGUGGGCGUGGCCGAGCAGCUCCCCAAUGGAAGCGGCCCGGGCGCUCGAAAGCGCCCCCUGGAGGAGGGAAACAAUGGUCACGCUCACUCCAAGUUCCGAGCCAAGAAGCGCAAGAAAACUCCCGGGCCCAUCCUGCCCAAGAACGCCCUGAUGCAGCUCAAUGAGAUCAAACCGGGUCUGCAGUACAAACUGCUGUCGCAGACCGGACCGGUCCACGCGCCGGUUUUCGUCAUGACCGUCGAGGUCAACGGGCAGACCUUUGAGGGCAUGGGCCCGACCAAGAAGAAGGCCAAGUUGAACGCGGCGGAGAAAGCGCUGCGUUCCUUCGUGCAGUUCCCCAACGCCUCGGAGGCGCACCUGGCCAUGGGCCGAACGCUGACCGUCAACACGGACUUCACCUCCGACCAGGCCGAUUUCCCGGACAUGCUCUUCAACGGCUUUGAGACGCCGGCCACGCCCGAGGAGUCCUUCUAUGUGGGCUCCAACGGCAGCGGCGCUUUAAACUCCCUCGGGGAGUACCCGCUGCCCGCGCCGCCCGGCGGCAACCUCGCCCAGGCGCCGCUGCCCCCUCCGUCGGCCUUCGGCUCCCCCACCAGCGGCAAAAACCCCGUCAUGAUCCUCAAUGAACUCAGGCCGGGCCUCAAAUACGACUUUGUGUCCGAGAGCGGCGAGAGUCACGCCAAGAAUUUUGUCAUGUCGGUGACGGUGGACGCGCAGACGUUUGAAGGCUCGGGCCGCAACAAGAAGCUCGCCAAGGCCCGGGCGGCGCAGGCCGCUCUCUCGGCUCUCUUCAACAUGCAGCUCGACCAGACGCCGUCCAGGCAGCCCAUACCCAGAGAGGGACUGCAGCUCCACCUCCCGCAGGUUCUCGCCGACGCCGUCUCUCGACUGGUGGUGGAUAAGUUUAGCGAACUGACGGACAACUUCACCUCCCCCCAUGCGCGGCGGAAAGUCCUGGCUGGAGUCGUCAUGACAACAGGAACGGACGUCAAGGAGGCGCAGGUCAUUUGCGUUUCGUCGGGGACCAAAUGCAUCAACGGUGAGUACAUGAGCGACCGCGGCCUGGCCCUCAACGACUGCCACGCCGAGAUCAUCGCCCGACGCUCGCUCAUGAGGUACCUCUACAUCCAGCUGGAGUUCUUCCUCAGUAGCAGCAGCAGAGAAGAGCAUCAGAAAUCCAUCUUCGUGCCGUGUGACAAAGGAGGCUACAAGUUAAAGGACAACAUUCAGUUCCACCUCUACAUCAGCACCUCGCCCUGCGGAGACGCCCGGAUCUUUUCCCCGCACGAGGCCGGCGUGGAAGACCAAGGAGACCGACACCCCAAUCGGAAAGCGAGAGGUCAGCUUCGGACCAAGAUCGAGUCCGGCGAGGGCACCAUCCCCGUCAGGUCCAGUAACACCAUCCAAACGUGGGACGGGGUCCUCCAGGGAGAGCGGCUACUCACCAUGUCCUGCAGUGACAAGAUUGCCAGGUGGAACGUGGUGGGCAUCCAGGGCUCCCUGAUGAGUUACUUCACGGAGCCCAUCUACUUCUCCAGCAUCAUCCUGGGAAGCCUCUACCACGCCGACCACCUCUCCCGAGCCAUGUAUCAGCGCAUCGCCGAUAUUGAGGACCUCCCCCAGCAGUUCGCGCUCAACAGACCCUUGCUCAGUGGAAUAAGCAAUGCGGAGGCCAGGCAGCCGGGCAAAGCGCCCAACUUCAGCGUGAACUGGACGGUGGGCGACCAGGGCCUGGAGGUGAUCAACGCCACCACGGGCAAGGACGACAUGGGCCGAGCCUCGCGCCUCUGCAAGCACGCCCUCUACAGCCGCUGGGUGCGCCUGCACUCCAAGCUGUCUUCUAUCCUGCGGAUCAAGGUGCUCAAGCCGGCCUCGUACCACGACGCCAAACAGGCGGCCGCCGAGUACCACGGGGCCAAGCAGGCGCUCAUCAAGGCUUUCCACAAGGCCGGUCUGGGGGCCUGGGUCAAAAAGCCCAGCGAGCAAGACCAGUUCACUCUGGCCUCCUGAGGGAACCGCCGGACCGAGGGAAUCCCAACCCGCCCCUCCCGCCUGAACCUCAGAAGAUCGACCCGCGUUAGCAGCCCCUUGCCCUCCUCCCUCCCGUAUAUUUGCACGCACUUGCAGCUGUUAACUCGUGGAAAUAAGUGUGCACAGUUCCCUGAAAAAUGGGGAAAAAAAAAAAUCCCAACACCCCCAUCUCAUCAGGGUUACUCCUUACCGGACACACCUCAUGAAAUUGUCUGCUUUUGACUUUUGCUUUUAACGCAUGGUGGGAUUCCCCAUGUACUAAAACUGGAAUCCAUGCAACUUUUAUUUAAUUUUUUUUUUAAUGUGGGAGACAAAAGAAAGCGUAAGUUGAUCUUUUCUUUUCCACGGUGCGUUUUAUGUUGGGGUGCUGCAUGUAGUCAGUUCAGGGUUUGCCCCGAGACGCCAGCGACCGUAAAAUCGAGUUUGUCUUGUAAACAAGCUCACGUAGGCUGCGAAAUUCAAAAUCCAGUCGUAAUUCGUCAUUUGGAUCCUAGCUAUGUGAUAAGUUAUGCUCACAACUUUUGGAGAAAAAGGGUGUUUUAUUUGAAGUUUUUUUUUUUUUCUUUUUUUAAGAUUGACAUUCAUGUGUACUUCAACAUUCCUUAUUGUCGCGCUCGUGAAUGGACGUGCGGAUGUUGACUCGAGCUGCUCGCGGUCUCGGUAGUCCCGGCCUGGGUCUUGCCUGGUGGUCCGGAGGAAGUCGAUUUUCAUUUGCAUGGGCGGACCCGCACGGCAGAACGCAACGCAACGCAACGCAUGCAGAGAAAGAAAGAAUAGGAAGCGUGUGCGUGUGAAUGAAUGCCAGCAUCUUCCUCCACAGGCAGCUUUUAAUCUGUGUCUCUUUUCUACAUUUCUGCUGUCGGUUUUUUGGGUUGACGGGGAAGAAGUCGCUUUUGUUUUCAUAACGGUGGGCUUUUUGUAGAUUCUGGAUUCUACUAACAAAAAAACAAAACAAAAGACUAGAGCCCAGCUGAUCCAGGAUUUUUUUUUUUGGGGGGGGGGUUGGACAGAAUACUGAUGCAGAUAUUUGUUUAAAAAAAACAACAAAAAAACAAAAAACAGCACUAUGGAGCUAACAGCUGAUAUUUUUAUGUAAGAGUUUGAAGGUACACACGUACUGUCGGUGAAAUGUAUUUAAGAAGUACUCACUAUGCAAAAUGGCCCGUUCCAGUGUUGUAUUUAUCGUAUGCUAGUUGUUGACGUAGGCGUCAUUUGUAAAUGUUGUCACUUUGGACUCCACGCUCGAGAAUUUAGUCAGGUGACACGUUUGGGGCGUAGAACACUCCCCCCGAGUUUCACCGACCCGAACCGCUUCUGGUCACACGAUGUCCUACUAAAUUCUCAAGUCGCAGCUGACUCGUUAAGAUGGCAGACCUACGAUUUCGACAAGAGCUGCGACUGUUUUGCUGUUCCUCUUUGGUCCUGUAGGUGUCAGUAACCGGUCGGUGCUUGAGAGGAGGUUUUCUUUUUUUUUUUUUUUUUUUUUUUUUUUUUUUGACAGGCUCCAGUCAAGAUUUGCACAGUGCCAUUUGCCAGCUUUAAUUCAGGCCACUUAAUUGUCAACCUGUGCGUGUUGCAACUCGGAGAAGAAGGACAUUACGGUGACCAUAAAGCAAUGCCGAUAACUGGGACGAAUUUUGAGUCAGGUUCCUCUUUUGGAUCAGAGGGUUAGCAAAGGCCUGAUUGUCGGAUAGAAUAUGUGGACCGAUUAUCCUGUGGUGUGCAAAGAGUGGUUUUUUUUUUUUUUUUGGUCUGUUUGUUUCAAAAAACAAGUUACGGCUGACGAUGUGAAACCUUAAGCAUGUUCGAUAUCUACAAUCGCAAAUUCGUGAGUUGGACCAAACCUUGGAGUCGGCAACCACUGCAAA